AGACGAUAUCAUUGACAUUAGAGUAUAGAGGUCAGAAGAUUUAUGGCCAGAGUCUUCACUAUUUUUAAUCCCCCACAUGAAUAUCUGAAGCUGUAUACAACCCCAAAGUAGUAAGCAGAAUAAAUAAGAAGAAGCGUCAUAGGACAGAGGAGGUGUAGUAACAUUUGAACAUUAUUCCUGGCGUCUGGUUCACGAGGAUGAGUCAAUGAGUCAACACGGCCACUUCAAGGUUAGAUAGAAUGACAGCACAGCCUCACCUCUCCCCACGUUACACUUUUUAUCCGUGACUUCAGCGUUUCCUCGAGUGUGAGAGUGCUGGGUGUGUUAUUAGGUACAAUUUCCUCCUCCUCCUCCUCCUCUUCCUCCUCCUCCUCCUUCUCCUCCUUAUCCUCCUCCUCCUCAUUUUCCUCUUCCUCUCGUCGUAUCAGGAGUCAAGGUGAAGGGAGUAGCUCAAGGUUCGCAUCCUCCUCCUUACACCUUGCACCUUUCACCUCUCUCUCUCUCUCUCUCUCUCUCUCUCUCUCUCUCUCUCUCUCUCUCUCUCUCUCUCUCUCUCACAUGAAAAAAUACACAAAUCAUCGUUAUCAUCAGCGUUAGAACUAAUUAUAGGCCUAAACUAAACCUAUACCAGUCAGUAAGAAUAAGAAUAAUAGAAAUGCACGAAGAUUCUCAGACAAAAUUAAAACUUGCAUAAAUAGAUCGGGUAAACUGAAUCAACAACAAACAGUAAUGAAGGAACAGACAAAAACCAGGAAACUCCACAUUUAUAAAUUAAGGAACGCUUUGCUCUCUCACCACGACUGUCUUCCAAGGCCACAGAGAUGACGAGUAGGGUUUUCAAGAGUGUUUCUCCAGUUAAUAGUGUAAAAAUCUUGUCACUCUGCCUCUUGAACCGUAAAAAAACUUUAAAAAACGCUAUUCUCUCUCACCAUGACUAUUUUUAAGGGCCACAUGAUUAGAGGAUAUUUCAAGGUUGUUUCUCCAGUUAAUAGUGUAGAAAUCUUAUCAAUCUACCUCUAGAACUGUAAAAAUACCUUAAAAAACGCUAUUCUCUCUCACUGACAAUAUUUUUAAGGUUCAAAGAGAUGGUUAGCAGGGUUUUCAAGAGUGUUUCUCCAGCUAAUAAUGUAGAAAUCUUGUCAUUCUGCCUCUAGAACAGUAGAAACACCUUAACAAACUCUUGUAAAUUUAGAUAAAGCCUUUUGAAAUAAUGGAGGUGAAGCGUAGAAGUGUUUAAGAAAUAUGAGCCAUAGUUACACAAUCAUCUUAAAACAGACAAAUUUAUUAGAACCACAAUUUGCACAUCCUCUUUAAACAAAAGAACAGGAUGUCUUGAACCCUUGAGCCAGAGAGAGAAAGAGAGAGAGGAAGCAGCGUGGCAACUCAUAAGCGGGAGAGGUGCAAGAGGUGAGGAUAAAGAAAAUGUGAGCGAGUGAGCAAGUGAGCGAGAGAGCGACGCAGUGGUGAGAGGAUAGUGGUGGAGUGAGUGAGGGUAGAAAGAGCGUGCGUGGGACACCAUAUACUAUACAGCACACUAGUGAAAGUCAAGGCCGGUGGGAGUGCCCUGCCUGACUGCCGAGGAUGUAAACAAAUCGAACGCAAAUCGAAGAUGGAGAAGAAUUUAGAAGGCGCCGCCACCUUAUGAAGGGAAGCCUUGACCCACUCCACUGACAUAAGGAUGACAUGUGUGAGUGGAGGAGGCGGUGCAGGCGGUCCAGGAGGGAGGCUGCGGGUGUGCUGAUGGGCGGCGUGCUGGCCAAGAGGCAGGGCGGCGGCCAGGGCGGGCGGGCGGGCCAGCGCGGCCUCCCCCUCCGCCACAGACAGAGCCUCUCAGAAUUCAGCCUGGUGCACAUCGCAACCAACCUCACCCAUCGCUUCUCUGUCCUAAGUGGCCUUUCUGUCAUCUCCUUCGUGUCGGCGCCGGUCAGCGAGGCAAACCGACGACCUUGGACCAGAGUCUCCAGGAAAAGGUGGCACCAAUCGACGCUGGAGAAUGAGUACGCCCAUAGCAAAACAGUGUGGCCUGUGGCGCAGACCGAGGCUCUCUUCCUGCCAGAGUUUCCUGUUGGUAUAGAAGAAAAGUUAAAGCUUAUUUUCUUAGGGGAGAUCAGCCGAGGAGCGUUUGGCCAAGUGUUCCAUGUGAAGUGUUCCAUCUCCAACAAGGAAUAUGCCAUGAAGGUGCUCUCAAAGUCACAGGUGUGUAGCUUGGAUGCAGUGGGUCAGGUGAAGCAAGAGGUGAUGAUCCAGCACGUGUGUAGUCACCACCCGUUCAUCACGCCUCUCGUUCACUUCUGGCAGACUCGCAAGCUUCUCCUAGUCAUGACAGAGUUUGUGGGCUACGGGGAACUGCAGCAGCUGUGGAGGUCUCUGGGUCGCCUGCCUGAGAACCUCGUCAAGAUAUACCUUGCACAAAUAGCACUUGCACUUGAUUUCCUUCACAACGCCGGCAUAAUUUAUCGCGACCUGAAGAUGGAAAACAUUCUCCUUGACGCUGAUGGCCACAUUAAGGUCAUCGACUUUGGCCUGGCGAAGUGGCUCAGCUAUGGAGGUCGCACGUCAACCAUAUGUGGCACCCUGCAGUUCAUGGCUCCCGAGGUGUUGCGAGGUGAGGAGUACAGCCACAGCGUUGACUGGUGGUCCCUUGGCAUCAUUGUCUACAGUCUGCUGGCCGGCCGGUACCCGCUGAGUGGCUACGACGACCAUGUGACAAUGAACCAGGCAGUGUCCAAGUGUGACUACGAGCCCCCGGAGUGUGCCUCACCAGCCAUGCGCUCCGUCAUCACCAGCCUGCUGAACCGAGACCCGCGCUGCCGCCUGCACUCCUUCUACCAGCUGCAGCGGGAGGAGCUCUUCCAAAACUUUGACUUCGAGGAGGUCAAGGAGAGAAAGAUCUCCCCCCGGCGGCUGCUUGAGGAAUACAUCGAGAGCAAAGCGCGCAGCUUCCACGAGUUUGGCGGGCUGACCAGCACACCCAAGAAGUCCAAGGCUUGUGUCAGCGAGGAGCUGAACCGCAGCCAGGGCUCCUCGCAGCAAUCCCCGACGCCCUCCAUGCUACGGCCGCCCUCCAAGGACCACACCUCCUGGAACCCUGGCCAGCGCUCUGCCAGCUCCCCCCUGCUGCACCCCGGCCGCCUGGGCCACCACGACUCCCUCGUCAAGAGUGUCUCGGCGGGCGGCCACAACGGGGCGGCUGUGCCCCUCCUGCAGAGUCCACUGCUGAGGCUGGCCCGGGGCCAGGCAGGGCAACCCCCCCGGCGGGCGAGGUCUCAGGGUGCAGUGAGUGCCAGUGCACUGCCCACGGCAGUGUCACCGCUCCUGGUCAAUGUGCGGGGGCAGCGGCGGCAGCAGGGUGGGGCGGGGCGGGAGGAGGAGCAGGGCGAGGCGCGUGGCGACACGGUGGCAUCCAGCGUGAUCAGUGGCAUGAAUGGCGUGUACAAGAAGUGUGUCAGCGAGGAGUUCCUGGGUGGCCAGCGCAGGCUGAAGGACCAGCGGCCCGGUGCCAACCCCGGGGCAAGUGGUGGCCGUGGUGGUGGCAGCGGCAGCAGGGCCAAGGCCGAUGCCAUGCAGCUGAAAGAGACAUUCCUUGAACAGUGUGAAAACAUUACCGAGGAGUUUUUCUGUGAUCUCGUCACAAGUACGCCAAAGAAAAGUAACCUGAGUGGCGGCGGCAGCGGCGGUGGGGCGGUGCGGCAUGGCCUUCGGCAGGCUGUGAGGUCAGAGGUGCAGGUUGGUAAGAAUAAUAUUAUUAAUGGUGCUUUGCUAUCAAGUAAUAAUAAUUUCUCUCCUCUUGACGAGAAUGAUUUUGAUGAAACAUUUGAUAAUUUCCCAUGGAUAAGUGAAUCUCUGGAUCCUUAGCAUGAAGCCACACUUCCUGAAAGUUCAAGAAGGAUAUGAAUGUAAUCAAUCACUUCACACUGAAGACUCACAGUGGACUGCAGAAAAUUACUACUGGUGUCAAUUUUGAUGGUAAUGUGUGUGCUAAACCCAUGUAAUCGUAUCAAUAAAUACAUCUCACGUAUCAGAGACGCGCACUACACUCGAACAAACAAACAUUCAUGCAGAAAUUAAGGGAAACAGAAGAUUGCCAAACCUCAUCACCAGUUGUGUUACGUAUCACUGUAAGACUGGAAUCAGUACCAAUCAGUACCUAUCACUUUGUGUUGUGCAAAGCUUGCUACCUACUUGUGCCACUACAAUACAAGAAGGCAAACUUAUUAUUAUGCAGUUAGAGGAGGAAUAUUUUACUGCUGUGAGUCCCUAGCUCCUGCUGCUGCUCCUGCUGCUGCUGUCGGCAUCAAGCAAGUCUGUGGUAGGCAGGGCAGCUUGCAGGUGAUGCUUCAUUGGAUUAGUACAGUAAUGUAGCCCUUAUGGUUUACACAUUAAUGGCUCUUUGAUAAGGUUUGGCCUUAGUAGCUGUUAACAUCACAUUACAUCAUUUCCUGAGCACUUUCAUCUACUGUUUCCCAGAAUUUCUAGUAAGGAGAGGCUAAAUAUAUCAAACUAUCCAGGCUCUGCUGGCAUGUCAACCUUGUCAAUCUGUCAGACUGCAUCUGCAAACUGUACAGAGAAUGAAGGGGCUGCUGCACUGGUCCACCUUUCCUCACACACCCAAGGAACAUCAAGGAAAUAUUCAAGCAAAAUACCAUCUAAUUCAUCACUACACAAACACACUAUACUGACCCAGGACUCACUCACUCACUCUCGGCAACACUGAACGCCGAACACUGUCCCUGGCCAGCCUGGCUUGUACCUGCUGAUUGCUCUCACCAUUUCCAUUCUGGUUUAAUGUGUCUCAUUGAAUUCAUACAUAAAUACAAAGUCAAUUAUAAACCUUAAAUUCUUAUGUUAAAUCUGGUAUUUUAAGAAACAACAGCUUUUUGUUGCACUGAGGUGCAACAAGGCUAGAAAGUUGGCAAUGUUAGCCAACAAGUUGUGGAGAGGAGUUGCCAGGAGUCCUCAGGUGGGUGGGUGGUGGGUGGGGCAUACAGAGUGACACCACACCACACGACACACCUGCACUAACAGUACUCCAGCUCCAGUAACAACUACCAUCACUCCACUGAGUCUUACUUUCAAUGAGUGCAGCGCUGUGUGGUGCAGGCGUGGUCAACGACUGUAACGUGCUGAAUUUAAAGGUCUUGUUGAUGGUGGGCCAGGUGUGGCUUGGACAGCCAAGCCAAGCCAUGCCAUACCUUGCCUUCCUGUUGAUAUAGUGUCAUUACACAAUAGCCAAGCCAUGAUGGAUAUGCACAUUGUAAGACUUUUGACAUGAGCUUCACUCUGCUAACACCAGGAUGUAUGUAAUGACUGCCCUGUGAAUACAAUAAAACAACACAUUGGCACCAAUUGUUCCUGGUGCUGGGUGGAUGAGGGAAGUGGUCCGGUGUGGUGCUGGAGUGGUGGAGCAGUCAGGGUUUGCUUAGAGAGUGGUUCCCAAGUGUAGGGGAAGAAGUUGCAAAAUUCCGCUACAGCAGUUGUUGUGUCGCAGCUUCACGCCGAGAGCUGGAGUGUAGUUUACAGACUCUGGCGUCACGAAAGAUAGUUUGGCACUGCUGCUGCUGCUGCUGCUGCUGCUGUUAAAGUUUAGAGAGAAGAAAUCAGAAUGAUGAUUUAUUUAUAAAUGGUUAUUCACUUCAUGUGUGUGUGUACUUUUAAGCCAAAUUGAAUGUUUAGCAAGGCUUCCAAGGACGUCUCUUGAGAAGAAGGUGCCGUAAGUCAUUACUAAAUGUCACAAAAUGCCUGCCAGAAGUUAUUGUGGACCCGUGCACUUGUGGCUGUGGGUUGGUAAUUGCCAAAGUUAUAAUGUUAAUUGUUAUGCACUGCAAGUCAUAGCCACAGUGGCCAGACAUGUUCAAUGCUCUUUAUUAUUAUGCUUUGUGAGUGUAAUAGUGUUUUAUAUAUACAGUACUUCAAAUCUGCCAUGUGAUGUGGGUCAGGAAGUUUGUACAUUUUUAAUAGAGAUUCUUCGCCUCGGACGUGGCGGAGGCCAGGCGACACGAGCGGGUGGCCGGCAGCGCGAGCCUCCCGUCGCUGCGCUGCCUUCACCUCCUCACAGCAGAGACAAGAGAUGAGCUUGUUUGCUGCCUACCACUGCUGCUGUCGCUGUCACCUUCUGCAGCGACGCACAGACAGCAGUCUUUGCCUGUUGCCAAAGGAGACGUGGAGCACUUCAUUUCUGGCAGGAUAUAUUUAAGCUUGUAUGAAAAGUUUAACAGUGAUAUUACAGACAUGUAAGUGACGACGAUGACGAUGAUGAUGAUGAUGGGGAAGGAAAUGAAUCUCUCUCUCUCUCUCUUUCCUGUUGCUUAUUUUCUAAUGUAUACCAUGAGUAAUGGUCAAGAUGCUGAGGGAAUCACGAACGGAAAUCUCUUGGAACUUCACGUGUUUUAAUUAACGUUACCAUGACAUUCUUACACUGAAGCAACUAUGUAUUAUUUAACACUCACACAUCACACACAGGGGGAAAAGUAUUAUAUUUUGUUACCUAUGUAUGAUUCCUGUGUACAAUUCACACACACUUCACAGAGGGAGCAAAGUGUUGUAUUUUGUUAGCUAUAUAUGAUUUCUUUGUACAGUUCACACACAAGCACAUCACACACAGGGGGAAAAGCAUUAUAUUUUGUUACCUUUGUAUGAUUCCUUUGUACAGUUCACACUUAAGACACUUCACACACAGGAAGAAGAGCAUUAUAUUUUGUUACCUUCAGUAUGUGUGUAUAAUUCACACUCAAACACUUCAUACGUAGGGAGAAAAGCAUUAUGUUUUGUUACCUUCAGUCUGGCGGUGAUGGGAGGUGUGGUUGAGGCCUUUGUGCUGGUCUGAGGCACUUGGGGGUGUCCUAAGUAGUGAUGAUUGCUGCAGAGUUGGGUGGCAUCCAGUCCUUGUGAAGUGCAGUCUGAACCACCACUGGGUCUGUCUUGGGCUGUGUAGUAAUGAUUCAACAUGAGGAGACUAAUGAUGAAGGCAGCAACGACCAUCAUCUUUAACGCCUUCAGUACUGGGACACCUUUUUACCUUGAUUUUUGUGUAAGAUUAGACCAUUUUAUUGACAUUAGGAAGAGUCUAUGGAGGUCAAAAGAUUAAUGGCUAAAGUCACUAUUUAACCCUCCACAUAAGUUUCUGAAGCUGUAUAAAAUCACCAAAUAGUAAGCAAUAUGAAUAUGGAAAUGCAUCAUGGUACUGAAGGGGUUAAUACUACAAAACAUUUCAAUAUCAUAUGUCAUCUUCGGUGAUCUAGAAGCAAAAAAAUAAAAUAAAAGUGAAAAAAUUAAACAAAAUAUAAAGCACAAAGGUUAAAAUAAUGCCUACAUACAAGACUGAAAUUCAACCUGUGAGGGGCUUCAUAACCAGUGCAUUAGUUAUUUGCAUUACUCAAUCCCUUCAGUACCAUGCUGCAUUUCCAUACCCAUUCUUCUUACUAUAUUAAUGAUCUUAUACAGCUUCAGAAACUUAUGUCGAAUUAAAAUAGUGAAGACUCUGGCCAUUAUUCUUCUGAUCUUCAUAGACCCUUCCUAAUGCAAAUAAUAUCAUCUAAUCAUACCCAAAAGUCAUAGUAAAAAUGCAUCCCAGUACUGAAGGGAUGCCCAGUAAUACUUCAGGACUGGUGACUUUCCUGGUGGUGGUGGUUCAGUUUGGGCCUCACUGUGUCUCGCUGUGUCCUGUGUGUGGGACGUGCUAAGUGGUCUGGGGUCUUAGUUCCUGCCACUCAUCAUAAACCUUGAGUCACAGUAAAUGAUUGAUGGUGAAGCAAAAUUGAAUCAAGCAGCAUUGAGUCAUAGUAAAGUAUUGACAGUGAGGCAAAAUUGAGUCACAGUAAUGCUUGAUGGUGUGAUGUAAAAUUGAACCGAAGUCACAAUACAUACUUGGUAAAAGACAGUUAUUUCCCAUCUGCCGGUUGAAGUGAGGUUGUUUCUGGUGGCCUGCUGGUGGUUGUGUGGGCAGGUUUGUGGCCGUCGUGUUGGUUCAAUUGGUCCAUUGCUUGUCGUUGAGUCAGAUCUCAGUCAGUCUGCAUGUGUGAAGGUUCCAUGAGACGUGGCAGAGUCCGGUCAUGUUCCCAGCGUAGGAGUGACUGUUUUCGUUUCCCGGGCGGCGGGGCGGGUCGUGCGUACCUCCGCCUUCCAUACCAACUCAUUAGAUGUUCGUUACUUUGCGUACAUUUAUUGCUGUUUUAAGAUUAUGAGCACAAAUGUUCAGUAUAUCCAUUCCUUUCCAAAAGAGCCCAGCAAUCCAGCAAUGCGUUGUUGUUGUUGUUGUGGGAGUUACAGCUUAGAAUUAAUGUUGCCUUUGUUCUAGACUUAACGAGAAGCUGACUUCACUUUCCUUCCUGGAGCGGCGGCGGCGUCCUGCUCGCCCCCAUCCUGCCUUUGCAGACUUCCAUGAGAUAGUAAAUACCAUCCUAUAGUGUUUAAUAUGAUCCAUCACCCAUUGAUCUAAACCAUAUAUAGAUCCAAAUAAUGAAUCUCUUCUAUAUAUAUAUAUAUUUUUUAAUGUUGAGGCUUUGUAGAAGCUGCAAUUUUUUGUCCCCAAGCUCAAAUAUAUUCAUGAAUUGAUUGAAUUGAAAACUACCUUUUGUAUAUAAAUAUUUCUCAAGUUGUUUUAUAUUUUUGUAUUACUUUGGACUAGUCCCAAAUCAGUUAAUUAUUUAUUAAGUUUGGAAGUAUUUUUUUAGUUUGUUCAUACUGCUUUACCACAAGACAAACAGUAGUGUAGUUGUGGCCGCCAUUAUUUACAUUCCUUUCAUUGACUAUCGAUGACCAACAGUACAUGUCGAAUGCCUCAGUGUAGUAGGAAAGUGUCCUGCCUCUCCUACACUCACAUGUGCACACUCUCGGGGUGAAGCCUCGGACCGUCAUGGCAACGCUAAUUGUGUCUCGCUGCUAAAUCAACAGUGACGGUGUCAUUGCACCACAGCGCAGCGGCGGCGGCGGCCCGGCGUGCCUCGGCCAGCGUGUCUGUAUGACUGUUUGGCAAGAGGACCACAAGCGCUGGCCAACGUACGGCAGGGAUGGCUUCUGGUGCCUACACUGGAGGGGGCGUGGAGGAAGGCGGUGCCGUGGCAACCAGUGCACUGUUUUGUCCAUGUUAAAAACUUGCCAGCUUGCCCAGUGCCGCUUCCCCCCCCCAAUACAGCCAAUGUCGCACCAGAAACACUCCUGUGGGGUGACCUCCUGGCACGGCUGUCCAGGGCCUGUCUGUUGAGGCAGUCUGACUGGUAAUACUGAUGAUAGUGACUCCAUUUUGGCUGACAGUUUUCAUCAUAUUAGAUGCUUCAAUCAAAAUUAAGCCACUAUCUUUCUUAACAUCCACACCUGAUGCCUGGCCCUCUGACACUCACCACUCCACUCCUGUCCACAACAUGGCACUAGCACCAUAGCACUGUACCACACCACCUCCUCUCAACACUCAACAGUGUAAUCUUGAAGACAUCAGUCCUAUAACAUUGCUCUUAGUGGCCAGCCUGUCCUUCUCUCCUCUCUUUCUUAGACCCUUGCUAUUAACUAAGCUUUGCAUGUCACCAAUAUUUUUCUAAAUUACACAUUUCUCACACUUCACACUAAACACACACACACACACCAUCCCCAGUGCACCAGCCAUUCACUCCUACCUUCCCUAGAGGUGACCGGAUAGGCACCAGUCACCAUGAGUCAGUCCCUCAACACACUGGUCUGGGGACAGCCGGCCAGCACCGUCCACCCUCCGGGCACACAGUCGCUGGGCUCCGCUGGGCCGGGUCCACCGCUCUACCCCGGGGCCACACAUGUGCUGCCUCUGUACCCUGCCAACCAAAGAUUGGAUUUAAUUUUGUGUAUCCGUUUUUGUAUAUAUUUGCAAAAUAUAAAAAAAGAAAAUAAAGCAGUAACAUGUA